AUCAGCUGGUGUUCGGGUAACAGCUGUUAGAGUAUUUUAAAUGCAUGUUUCUUCUUUAUUGUGCAAUGGCUGAAAAACAAACGUUGGAUUUUCUAUGGAAAUGUUCUCUCAGCCUUUCAUCUGAAACACAAACUGAGCGCAUGCUUAAAUCCUAUUACAUCACAACCUGUCGCAAAUUAGCCAAACGGAAUGUUCAACUUCCCACCAAUACCUUUGGUUGGGGGCAAAUGUGUGCUCGUUGUGGAAAUCAAUGGAGCGAUGGCAACUAUGAUCUACGUUUAAAAUCAAUCUCCAUUGCGGAGACACCAAAAAGACUCCGACAAGUGGCCAAACUGGAAGAAGUACAACAAAAGGGGCAGGACGCACCGACGCUUAGUAGAGGAGCCAAAAAGCGUGCCAAAUGGCUAAAGAAGCGUAUGGCCAGCAAUAUGAUCGUGGACUGCUCCCUUUGCCGGCACAAGACAAUGCUACCACUGGAAAAGCCCAAAAAGAAACGACAACAAACUGAAGUAGAAGUCGAACAAAAAACAAUAGAAUCAAAGGAUGUAGCUGCAGUCAAUAAAAGCAAGAAAAAGAAGAAAGGAAAGAAGAACCCUCAGAGUCAUCCGAACCCGACAGUUGCAGCAGCAACAACAGCAAAAACAGCAGUAACAAAACCAACUGCUACAACAAAAAAGCAAAAAGGCAAAACGAAAGCUACGCCACCGCCUCCACCGCCGCCGUCUAAAACACAGAAAAAGAACGCUCUGCUGCAGUUAGCCGCACAACUGAAGGCACACGCGUCAAAAGACACCGGCAAAACGCCACAAAAUCGUCUUCAAGCUUUCCUGAAGUAGCUCGAUUCGAACUGAUAAAUAAAAAAUAAGUACAAAAGAGUUAAUACCAUAUUAGUUUAUUUAGUUGUUUGUCAUCAUAUCUAUGGAUUGUGGCAAAGCUGUUCUCAUAAUACCAAGUUAAGAAUAAAACCUGUUUAACGAUUCAAUCAAA